AACACUUAAUCGAGUUAAAAUACCACAUCGGGAGUGGAUUCCUGAAAAGUGUUAGUGUGGAUUUUAGUUGUUACUGCAUUUUAACACUAUGAGUUUUAAAUUAGACCACACCCUCAUUUCCUGUGGAGCAGCGCAUUUCAGAAUCUUCUUCGGUCGCCAUCUUUUCUUGCUGCUGCGAUGUCAUCAUGUUGCUGAAAGUCAAGUACCAAAGUUCCAAGAAGUACAUACGGUUACAGCCAGGUUUCACAUACUUGGAGUUCAUCAGUGAAGUGAAAAACAAGUUUGGACUUCCUGAUGUUACUGAACUGCACAUUUUUGAUGAGACUGACACAGCGGUGGAGGAAGACAUCUUUCUUGAACUUAUAGAGGCCAAUCCUGACAUAUGCCUGACUGUAUGUGACAGUGCAGCAGGAGAUGCUCAUUCAACAUCAUCGUCCCUCACGGAUACCAUGUCUCUGUCCUCAAGUGACAGUGAUCUUCACAGAGAUUUGGGGAUCCCCGUUACUGGAAGUAGACUGAGCACUGGGGCCAAGAACAAGCCUACCACAGAAGUUUCAGAGUCAGAGGCUGCAAAAGAGAUGGUAGAAAAUGCAUUGCGCAUAAAACCUGGAGGUGAGGAUGUCUUGGAGGAGUACAAGUCUGAGAAAUCACUGCAGCAUCGCACGCGCAGGCAGCUUGUUAACAUACUAGCUAGUCACAUGACUGAGAUGCAUGGGAGGAUUCCUUCACGUAAGCAGAAAGAGAAGUAUGCCUUGGGAAUCAUUACACUUUUUCCUUCGCUGAAGGAUCCUUUUUCUCCAAAAGGCUAUGAGCACUUCUAUGAUGGAGAAAAAGGCACAGGAUAUUUAGCAUGGCGCCUCAAAACCAUGUCCAGGAGUAGAGAUCGGAGGCCAGAGAAGGUAGCCACAUCUCCUCAAGCGCAAGGACCAAACCGCAGAAGAUCAACAGUGACAGUGCCUCAACAGCUUGAUGGAGAUGCCUGCAGGGAGGCACAAUUUCUCUUUGGACAUAAUGCACGACAUUCUCGAAGGGGUGGCUCAGUAUGA